AGAUUGAAGUUACUUAAAAACAAAGCGAUUAAUUCGUGAGUUUUCUAGAGCCUAAAGAAUGGGUUGGGUUUGGAGAGAUGACGACGACGCCGCUGCAGACGGUUACGUUAACUCCUCUAACGGUGGCGGUUACGACGCGCCAGACUAUUCUGUCAACUCAUUGAACGGUGGAGGUUGCGCCACGAGAAAGGUGGUGAGAUCGCAGUGCAGAACCGAAGAAGUAGAGCCCGGAAAGUUCGUCAGAAAGUGCGAGAAAACUGAAGAGAUUCUCAGGAACUGCAUCGGAAAGCCUGUGGAAGUGAUUAAAUCUGACAAAGAGUACACUGAAGAAGAUGUCACACAGGAGGUGAUGAGAGGGUCUUACCCCUCUGGAUCACAUGAUGCACCGUUUGAUUUCCCUGGGGUUCGCAGUGAUAUUGACUCAAUUGAACGUCACUUCUUUGGUGGGAUCAGUCGCUUUUUUGAAGCAGCUGAAGAUAUGAAGAACCACUUCUUUGAUGCAUUUGGGUAUGACAUUCGAUCUCCACCCUCACCACAUAUUAGGCGAGGGGUACCCUUUGAAGGCAGACCUGAGAUGGAAACCUCUCCUAAACUAAAUCAGCCUGACUCCAAUCCUGGAAAUUUUGAUUUCUCUGGUUUAGCUAAAGACGUUUGAACAUGAACAACAACUUGCACAUGCCAACUUUCAACUUCUGAGUAUGGAGAUAUAUUUUAGUCGCCAGAGUGGGACGACAGUUUCUUGUGAUGUUGUUUUGGCUUCAUGUGCUGAGUAGACUAUGUAGAGUUGAAGACUUAAUCAACUUUUGGAUUUUCUGGGGUUGUAAUACAUGCAUAUCAAGUCUCAGCCUUCUAUAAUUUUUGUACCGUUACAGGCAUAUGUGGAUUGAAUGCGAUAAUUUUUAUAGAUCAAAGAAAUUCUUUUAGUAAAAAAAUGAAUAUUUGUUGGCAAUACAGGUGGCAUUUGAAAAUGACUAGUUGAAAGGUACCUGGGAUCGAUUUCUUUUGGAUCCCAUUAGAUGAAGAAUGAGGUUUAAAAUAUCUAGGAGCACUGGUCAUUGUUAUUAUUCAUAGAGGAAGCAAAUUCAUACUUUGUCGGUUGGGUGGUACCUUAAUCUUUUCUUCUUUCUAGUUAUUGUACAUGUGAAAACAAUUUUUUAUUUUUCUUUGAUGGCCUAAAGACUUAUUCC